GGUCAGAUGACGUAGAAGACGUCGGUUCAACUUUCAUUUCGAAAGUAUUUUUCAACCAUGACGGAUUGACGUCUUUUCCACGGUAAUUAAACGUCCAGAUGUUUCCUGAGAGAAUUCUUUUCAUUAUCAUCAUUUUACUUCCAGCAGUUUCACCAAGAGGUUCUCACUCUCUGUGGAUGCUUAUAACUUACAUUAAUGGAGAAACACAAUUUCCUAAAUUAUCUGCCACAUUUAUGCUGGAUGAUAUCACAGUAGGAUAUUAUGAUUAUGAGACAAGAAGCUACGUUGCAAGAGGAAAUACUACAAAUGAAGAUGAUGUAGUGGAUCCAAAUCACCUCAAUACCAUAAGCAAUUAUAUGAUUGCUCAUUUUAUUGAUAGAUCAGAUUAUCUGAGACCCAUCAACCACACAGAAAGUCAUGUAGUUUAUCAGGUGAUGGCUCUUUGUGAACAUCUUGACAAUGAUAAAUCUGGCCAAAUGAUCACCAAGAAUGCAUAUAGAGGCUCUACAAUUGACGAACUGCAUUUUUUGGAUGGCGAAUUCACAUAUCACGGUUCUUUAAAUUUCACGACUCAGCAAAUAAAACCCUAUCUAGAACUGUCCAUGUGGCGUCAUGAGAAUAUAUUCUACCCAGCCUGCAUAAAAACUCUGAAGAAUUACCUCAAAAAGAGAGGAACACAAGUCAACAGAAAAAUAAAGCCGCGAGUCAGACUCAUUCAGAAAUCAAACUCAGAUUCUGGAGGGUUUCGUGUGAGUUGUUUGGCGACAGGAUUUUACCCUCGUCACAUCAACCUGACCCUGUUCAGAGAUGGACAGCCUGUAUCUGAUCAUGAGAUCACUGGAGGAGAUCUGCUGCCCAAUGGUGACGGGACGUACCAGAUGAGGAAGAGUCUGGAGAUCAGUGCAGACAAACACAAAUACACCUGCUCUGCCACACACCUCAGUCUGGACAACAAACUGGACAUCACUUUGGAGUAUGAACACGGGGAACCAUUUAAAUCAGUGAUUCCUUCAGUUCUGAUGGUUUUGACUCUGAUGGUGUUUGGAACUGCAGCAUAUGCUAAAACUGCAUGGAAAAAACGACGUGCAGAUUCAUGUAGAAGUGUUUAUUCUACUCCUUCUUCAUCUAAAGAAUCCCUGGAAUCUCAAUAAAAAUAAAUGAUGUGAUGUCCUGACCCAAAACAACAUGGAUGAGUGGAGAAACAUCUUCAAACAAACAAAACAUAUAGGCUACUGAUAAACUGUCAGAGUUUUCUUUUUUCAUCGAGAAACUAUUUACUACUUUUAAAUAUUAUAGAUACUAAAUUGAUGCCACAUAAAUCCCAUUAUAAUUCACUUGUUGAGACUUCAAUGUCUGCAGGCAGUGCUGGGUGUUGUGUAAUAUUCAGUUCCUGUGAAAAACUGUUCCAGUGGGUGGAGAAUAUGAAUAUUCAUGAUGUUUCCCAUUAUGGGCGUGUCCUUAAAGGGAUAGUUCACCCAAAAAUGAAAAUUUGAUGUUUAUCUGCUUACCCCCAGCGCAUCCAAGAUGUAGG